CCCUUAAACGAGGCCCAGUAACUAGUACAUGUCCUAACGUUUUUCUUGGGAGAGGCAAUUUGUUUUCAGUUUCAGAGACAAAGAUGACAGAAGAGGGAGAUAGAAAACUCGUGUGCAAAUCAGCUUUUAACCUCUUUUGGAACUUUGCCUUUCUCUUUCCCUCAAAAGUCCAAACACUUGAAGAAGCAUGAACAAGUUUAUAGUAGUAUAAGAUUUACACAGUUGAACAAAUUAAUUAUUUAAUCUAGUUAUGAUUUAUUUUUUUAAUAUAAAGAUAGAGGGAGACAAAGGUUUUUGUUUCUCCGCGACGGUGUCUGUUGAGAUUCCUGAGGUUUUUCUCUUGGAUUCCCAGAUUUAUUCAAAAAUAUAUAAUAAAAAAAUAAAUAAUUGUUUUGAAAACAGGUGAAAAUCAAAGAGAACUAAACGCCAAUUAUAGUCGAUUUAUGGUUUAGGAUUCCCAGAAUCAUCACCAUUAACGAGGCUGUAUAUAUAAUUUGUUUAUUUUUAAAAUCUUGUUUAUCUUCGUCUUCGAGCAAGAUCUAAAAAAGAAGAAUAUAGAUAGAUAAUAUAAACCUCACUCCAAGGUUAAACAACACAUCAAGCAUUUCAUGUGAAGCAGAGAGAGAAGAGAGGAAGAAGCAACAAAACGCUCGAACUUGUGCUUUGGCUGCUACUAGUGUACAAAACACACACAAACAGGGCUUUUCUGUUCCAUCAAAUGGAGAAUGCUGUCGUUAAAACAUCGAACCUUUCAGACAUCAUCUCCAAGUUCGCUAAAGUCUGCAAAUUCAGAUCCGUUGGUGUGUUCCCUGACCAAAAACCGAAUCCGAACACUCCUUCUGAUGAAGUAGUAGAAGAAGUCUUCGAAGAUAUCACUUGCAAACCCUCGAGAAAGAAGAUUCCAAGUUUCCGUUGGAACGAUGCUGAGGUUUCGAAGCUGUUCGACGCUGUUUCAGCUCUUAAGCUCGCGUAUCUCGAGUUCCAACGAGCUCACUUGCCUUACGAUCCAGACAAGAUCAUAGAAGCAGACAACCUCGUCGUGUCUCACCUCGAGACCCUACGAAGAUUCAAACGCCUCUACCUCAAAACGAAGCAGCUCCAAGCCAAGACCGAGCUUGACGCUGCUUCUUGUUUGAACCGGUUGAGAGACGAAGUGGAAGUGAACGAGAAGCAUUUGUGGGAACUCAAGACGCAGACGAAAGCAAAGGAGAGUGAGGUUCUCUCUCUGAAGGAGACACUAAACUGUUUGGUCGCAGAGAAUAACAAACUCGAGAGCGUCUCCUCCUUUGAGUUCGUGUUUAGAGCUGCUUCUAAGUCGAUACACGACUUUGCAAAGCCGUUGAUCACUCUCAUGAAAGCUACGGAUUGGAAUCUUGAGAAAGCAGUUGAAUCCAUCGUUCCUAAUGUAACGUACGCUAAGAACUCAGAUAAGAAGUUUGCUUUUGAGUCAUACAUCGUUCGGAGAAUGUUCCACGGCAUGAAGCUUAAUCCUUACGAUGUGACUGAGCUAAUGACUUUAGACGAUCCGUUGGACGCGUUAGCAGCGUUUCCAGAUUCGGCGUUUGCAAGAUUCUGCGGUCAGAAGUACCUCUUAGUUGUUCAUCCGUCGAUGGAAGCAUCCUUCUUUGGGAAUUUGGAUAUGAGGGGACUAGUUCUGCUCGGUAAGCAUCCGAGAACGGUGUUUUAUCGAAUCUUUGCGAAAAUGGCCAAGUGGGUAUGGGUUCUUGGAUCGUUUGCAGCUUCUUUGGAUUUAAAAGCAAAGAUCUUUGUGGUCAGAAGAGGAACCAGAUUCUCAGGUGCCUACAUGGAGUCUGUAGUGGGUGAUGAUGGAAGAGAAGAAGAAGGACAAGAGGAUUUGAGAGUUGAGUUUAUCACAAUGCCGGGGUUUAAGGUUGGAGAUUCAGUGUUUAAAUCUCAUGUUUAUCUUUCUCAAGGAGAAGGGUGAAAAUAACAGCUAUGCAGAUUCAAUUGUUUAAGAUGUGUCAGGUAAAAAUCUAUGCAUUGGUUUGCAAGUUUUGUAGGUAAGGAUAUCAUUUGCUUUUGUAACUAUGUUUCACAUUCAAGAUUCAGUUUGUUGAUUCUAGAAGUGGCUUAAAUCUCGGUGUACCACUAAAAGUCUAGAUUUGUUAUUGGCACAAACCUUGAAUGUAUACAAAGUUACAUAAAGAAAAAG